AUGGUUAAUAGAAACCAAAAUGUUGAUGAUGUCAUACAGCAAAUUCGACAUGAUGAUAUGGCAGCAGAUAACAAUCUAGCAGCUAUGAUCGAGAGGAUUAUGACACGAAAUGGGGUGAAUUUUGGCCUUCGAAGGCCAAAUUAUACAUCACCUUUGUCAGAAUAUAUCCUACAGACAGAUACACCCCUUAGAACGAAAAUUCCCAAAUUUACUAAGUUUUCUGGGGAUACCACUGAAUCCACCAUUGAGCAUGUGGCUAGGUAUAUAAUAGAGGCAGAAGACAUUUCAAACAACGAAAACCUUAAGGUAAAGUACUUUCCAAGUUCUCUCACGAAGAAUUCCUUCACGUGGUUUACCAUCUUGCCACAAAAUUCGAUCCAUACUUGGAAUCAGUUGGAGAGAAUGUUCCAUGAGCAUUUUUACAUGGGGCAAACGAAGAUAAGUCUGAAGGAACUGGCCAAUAUUAAACAAAAAUUUACUGAGCCAAUUGAUGAUUAUCUAAAUAGAUUUCGAUUGCUCAAAGCUAGGUGUUUUACACAGGUACCAGAGCAUGAGUUGGUCGAAAUGGUCGUUGGGGGACUUGACUAUUCUAUCAGGAAAAAGUUAGACACCCAGUAUUUGAGAGAUAUGGCCCAACUAGCCAAUAGGGUUCGACAGUUAGAACGCUCGAAGGAAGAAAAGGCUAGAGCAAAUAAGAGUAAAAGAGUGGCCUACGUUGAAUUCAGUAAUGAUGAUGAAGGGUUCAAUAAUGAGCCUUUCGAUUUCGAAGAAAAUGAGAUCGACCUUGUUGAGUUGAAACAAGGGUCACCUUACUCUUGUAAGGUCCUGGCCCCGUCGAAUGGGAAAAACCCUAUCGAACCAGAAAAGAAUGAUAAAUUUCCUAAGAAAACUUACACAUUCGACGUUACAAAAUGUGACGAAAUCUUCAAGUUGUUAGUUAAGGAUGGCCAAGUGAUAAUGCCUCUUGGUGCUAAAAUGCCUCCUUUGGAACAAAGAAAGAAAAUAGGGUUUUGUAAGUACCAUAAUUUUCUGGGUCAUAAAACGUCUCAAUGUUUUAUUUUCAUAGAUCUUGUUCAGAAUGCUAUCCAGGAAGGAAGACUCAAGUUCGGGGACAAACCCAGGAGCCAAAUGAAGAUUGACUCCAAUCCACUGCAAAUGGCUGAUGCUCACUACACGGAGCCAGAUAAAGUCAAUAUGGUCGAAGUUACUGAAGGCUUCGUCAAUAAAGUUGUCAUGGUUAGGGUCUUUGAGAACCUCGACCAGGAAUUCCUUAAAAACUUUGUUCAGGAAGCCGCUGAAAGCUUCACCAGUGAAACCACUGAUGGUUUCGACACCAGAGUCAGGGAGGAUUCCAAUUUGAUGAUAGUAACCAAAGAAACUGAUGAUAGUUUCAAACAAAUUGAUAAGUCUACUGAGGUCCUUCAAGUGAAAUUCUAG